UUAGAUGCCGUAAAGACUGAGGACAUGAAGACAUGCCCACGCGGACACUGGCGGCCUGGAGAAGAUGAGAAGCUGAGGCAACUUGUCGAGGAGUUUGGUCCUCAGAACUGGAACACGAUUGCCGAGAAGCUGCAGGGAAGAUCAGGAAAAAGCUGUAGGUUGAGGUGGUUCAACCAACUAGACCCUAGAAUAAACAGAAGGCCUUUCACAGAAGAAGAAGAGGAGAGGCUUCUCACCGCACACAGGAUUCAUGGCAACAAGUGGGCUCUGAUAGCUCGGCUUUUUCCUGGAAGAACUGACAAUGCUGUGAAGAACCAUUGGCAUGUUAUCAUGGCUCGAAGACAAAGAGAGAAAGCCAAGUUCCUCAACAGGAAUAGCUCAUCUAGUGCAUGGCCGGCCUUCUCUACCUUCACGUUAACAUCCUUACCUGGGACUGAUCAGAAAAGGCCCAACUAUGGAAGCUUGGAGAGUUCGCAUUACAUGAAUAUCCCUCUUCUUUCAUUCUAUGAUUCUUACCGAGUCUGCUCCUUUAGUGGAAGUGGGAUGAUGAGGAAUAUGCAGGAAGUUUUGAGACUUGGGUGCAAUUCAACAAGAGAAAUUUUGAGUAGUAAUGAUAGAGGAGGUAUUCAGUAUCUGGAAGAAGAUGGUGGUAAAGCUACCUUGAUGAGGCGAAAGGAUGUACCUUAUAUUGAUUUCCUUGGUGUCGGCAAAGACUGUUGAGCAAUGGUAGCGUUCAGUUAUUGCCUUGGCUUGUUUAAAAAUAAGUUGUGAACACUAGAGAUGUCACUCACCAUGGUAUUUCUUUGAACUCUA